AAUUGGUCGGUUCAAUCCAUGAGUUUGUGUCCCCCAUUUUUCUAGUUAAUUUCCCGCGUCUCACAUUAACUGCGUAGAAUAUCUCUGUUAUUAUUCCUUAUUCGAUGCCAGUCUUCACUCCCAAGAAACUACUACGUAUCCUCUGCUUCAAGAAUGUUCCAAACAUCAAUUAAUUCCCCUAUAAAUUCAGCCGUAGCAACUCCAAUUCCACCCACAACACACACAUUUACAUAACAGACUUUUCAGAGAAAUUAUUUACCGUAAUUAAAGGAGAUGGGAGUUGUGAUAAUCGACGGUUCAACGAUUCGUGACUUUGUGAGCAACGAAUCCGAAUUCAACAAGAGCACCGACGAGAAGUUCGCCGCCUUCGACCUGGAUCACGACGGCGUUUUGUCGAGGUGGGAGCUGCGCAAGGCCUUGGAGUCCUUCCGGCUGCUCGAAACCCAUUUCGGAGUGGACGUGGCAACCCCGCCGGAGGAGGUGGCGGAGCUAUACGACUCGAUAUUCGAGAAGUUUGACGGGGAUCACAACGGGGAAGUCGACCUUGAGGAGUUCAGAGAGGAGAUGAAGAUGAUUGCGUUAGCCAUAGCCGACGGUAUCGGGUCGAACCCGAUUCAAAUGGCUCUUGAAGAUGAUGAUUGCAGCUUCCUUAAGCUCGCGGUUGAUCUUGAGGCUUCCAAGGUUUCCGCUGCCUAAUCUAUUAUUGGCCAGGAAUCUUUGGUUUUCUUUAACAAUUUUGAAGUAAUAAUCUUUUUCGUUUGGCGUUCCGUUGAAAGUGCCUCAACAGGGGGACUUCAUGAUUUUACAAGUUAUACACGAUCAACUCUGUAGCUAACUAUACCAUCCGUUAUACAAUAAUUUGCAGUUUUCGACAUUACAGAACUAAGUUUAUCGUACACAAGUGUUUUUUAUAAGUCAC